AUGAGUUACCGGGGAAGAGGUAGAGGUGGCUUCCACAAUAAUAACAAUAACAACAAUAAUAGCAGAAGUAACUUCAGUCAGCAAAAUGUUGAUCAAUUUGUGUCAGCAAAUUCAAUCCCAGUUGAAAUUUUAGGCUGGAAUGGUGCAACUCCAGAUGAGUGCAUUAAGUUUAUUUCCAGGAAGUGCAGAAUAGUUGUGAGUAACUCUAGCGUUGAUCCAGCUACAGGAAUAUUGAAGGGUUAUGUGAAGAGCCCCAAAGAAGCAGACGAAUUGUGUACUUGGUCGGGUGUGAAAUUCGCUGGACAGUCAUUGAAAAUUACAAAAGCUACAGCCGCCAAUUCCAUGUCGUCACAGAUGGGAGGAUCAGUAAAUGCUAGUGGUGGAUCUACUAUAGAAACGAUUACACAGUUUUUAAAAACCAGGUAUCAACCGGAAAUUAAAAUGUUGAAUUUAAGUAGCGUGCAACAAGAUGCUAAUUUGGUUUCAAGAGGUUUCUUCGCCUCUAUAUCAACCACAUCCAAGUUCUUCCCGGCCUUGAUGAAGAUUGCAAAUGAAUUAAAGCUAGACGUAAAUAGUGUUGACUUAUCUGGCAAUAAUUUAACUGACAUCAGCACCAUCUCCACUUUAGCACAAACUUUCCCAUUAUUACAAAACUUGUCUUUACUGAACAACAACUUCAAUCGCUUGAAGCUGUUUGAGACAUGGAGGCACAAACUAAAUUUUUUAAGAGAAUUGAUUAUUAUAGGUAAUCCGCUCUUCAACAACCAAGCGAAUCCAAAUGAUAUUUUAAAUAUAAAGAUUGAAUUGAUGAAAUCAUUCCCAAGGCUUAUUGUGUUGAACGGUGAAGUGAUCAGGAAUGAACAAUUGUUACUUAGUAAUCUUACAUUCCCUUUUGAGACUUCUCAAUCCAUGUUUUUCCAAGAUGAAGAAGUACAAAAUAUGUCAACAAACUUCAUUACGAAUUUUUAUAAAUUAUGGGAUAGCAACAGGCAAGAUUUAUUGGUUCUAUAUCAAGAAAACUCUCAAUUUUCAAUGCAGGUUGAUUCAUCCCAUCCUUAUGUCAUGGAUACAAAUACAACAGGUGGGUACGGUAGUUCUACAGAUUUUGGCUACUACUUACCUCAAUCUCGUAACUUGACAAGAGUUUCUUCUGUGAAAUCAAGGGCUAGUCGCGUUGCUCAAGGCCAGGAGCAAAUAUUCAAGUUGUUUUCACAAUUACCCAAAACCCGCCAUGACUUAAUUUCUCAACCACAGCUUUUUAGUAUGGAAAGUCAUAGAUUCCCACAAUUGAAUGGUAUAAUAAUUACUUUACAUGGUUCUUUUGAGGAGACAGCAAUCCCAGAUAAUAAUGAAGCGGUUCUGGGAAAUCAGGGCCAACCAAGAAACCGUUAUGGUUCCCAAAAACACAAAAAAAUUGCAUUAAGUACAAAGAGUUUCGAUAGGACAUUUGUCGUCAUCCCAGGACCUAAUGGUAGCUUUAUUGUUGCCAGCGAUCUUCUCUCGAUUAGAUCAUUCGGUGGAUCACAGGCGUGGAAUGAUAUAACAAGAUCAGCAGAAGGAACUCCUCAACCACACAUCACGCCUUCCCCAGCUAGUAUUCCACCAGUAGCUCCUCCAAACCAGGUACCUACCCCAACACCAACAGCAGCAGAUUUGCCUGCUGAGGUAAAAGCAAAUUUGAACCCAGUACAGCAAGACAUCUUGGUAAAGAUAUUGUUAGAAACCAAAUUAAAUCUUCAAUAUGGUAUUAUGCUUUGUGAGCAAAGCAAUUGGGAUUACCAACAGUGUACUAUAAAUUUUAAAAACUCCGUUGCAUCUUUGCCACGAGAGGCAUACGUAGCUUAA